AUUGUUGCGCAUUAUUUUGUACCACUUUGGCCAAAGUCUUUGAAAAUAACUAAAUUUGUUUGCAUAAAAUGAGUCGUGGUCUGUAUGGUCUCACCAGCAUUUACACACGUCGCCAGACGAACGAUGUCUUCCACAACGAUCCAUUCAAAAUUCAAUCGUACAACUUUCGCUAUGCCGAUCGACCCGCAUUUCCAAUGCAGGCCUAUCAGCGACCACAGCCGACCCAACCGAAGCCACCCAGCUGUGAGACCUAUUAUAAGAAUCCGAAAUUUAUAACAAGGAUGAGUCAUAAUGCAACAGUAACUCCAGCAUCCACUGCUUUUGCUGAGCACAGGCGUCGCCAAUUUCUGCAUGACUUCAAAUACAUGCCUACCAUGCCAGCCAGCAAAGUGAAUAGUAUCAGUGGCAGGGAAGCACCACAGCGUCGUAGCCAACUUGGCAGCAGUUUGCCUGCUGCAGUUUCGAAACUUCCACUUUUGCGUACCUGUUGUGAUCGUGACGAAUAUCGGGCGAUGAGGCGGGACCAGAGCGUUACCUCCUUAAUGCAGAGUGCAAGUAGCACGAAAAGUACUCAGGCAUGUGCCUCCGCCAGCAGUUUAAAGUCUGUUAGAAAUUUCUCAACGUCCACGUUUGAGAGGUCGCCAAUGCGCAGUGCCAACUGUUCCAGCGGCUGUGCGAUCAACAUUAAUAUAAGUGGGCGGGAAGCUGAGGCACAGCAGGACAACCGUUUGAACAUACAAAUUAAGAAGGACAACAAUACGAAUAAUUUUAAAGAGCUGGCUCGCAAUACCAGCUCUGACAUUUUUUUCAUUGACAAGAGGCUGUCCAAGUUUAAUCUUCCCGUUGCCCACGAACAAGAUCUCUUGAUGGCCGUACGGCAGCAGGGAACAACCAACCAGGUGCGUCAGCAGGAGCUGGAGAAGGAACAGCAGCUUAUGCGGCUGCGUGAACAAGAACGCGAGCUUUUCAGACAGUUAGAAAGACUGCGCGAUCCAGAUCAAUUGCAGGCCAAGCGGGAAAAACAGCGGCAGCGGGAUCUAGAGUGCGAAGCACAAAGACCAUUACCAAUGCCAAUGCGUGCCAUGCCCCUGACAACUUCAGUUGGUACACCUGCAACCGUCAUGACGUCGAAUUUGAAGAGACUAGCCUCAAAGGAGCGUCUGCCAGGCAUGGUGCCCUUUUAUGUCCGGCAACCCAGAGCCAGUUCAAGUCCACAGGCGGCGCGUGCUGGGCGAAUCACCCAACUAACUAAUCGCCAGGAGGUGCAGUUGCCAUCAGCACCAGCACCAGCAUCACCAUGCAUAACACUCGAGCGACGCAGUUCGGCCAGUUCGCAUAACAAUGCCAAUGUUUGUGGGAGUGUGAGAAAUGCCAGUCUGCAACGUCUGUCCAAUCCGCAUCUGAGCGAACGUAAGUUGCUCAAUCUGAAUGUAAAUGGUAUGUCCGUUGACUCCAAUCAGCCGAUACAUACGCGACUGAACAAUAUGCCCAUACGCAUAACAACAUCGCAGCCGGCAUAUGAAGAUAGGCAAUUCUCGUUGAAUAAGGUGCGAGUCCGCAAUACUGCGACAACAGCAGAACCUGGUCAGGAGAGUGGCAGUUGCCGACUGGAAGAGUCCACAACAAGGCCCUACAAUGUCAGCAUCAAUGUCUAUGCGGAUAAUUUGCGAACGAUGCGUUUAUAAAUUUACCAAGUGAACGUGUGGGGUUGAUACAACGGCAGUAUAACUGGCAAAUUGUUCCGAGGUCUAUUUAUCAGUUAUAAUGACGCUGUACCAGCCCCAAAACUUUACACGGUAAGCUCGGUCUGUUGUCUUAAGACAAUACUAAAUCUUUUGAGUUAUUGCUUUUUUUUU